AUGACUCGCACUGCAGGCUCCAACCCAAACUCGAUGUGGUCUGUUUUAUUCCCAAUACCUCCACUAUUGUUCGCUUCCCCAUACAUGGCCAUGUCUUCACCGUUGAGCUCGCCCCCCUCGUGUUUAUGUCCCGCACUGAGUCUAACGAAGAAAUUUCAACGUGCUGCACUGGAUAAUAUGGUGCUCUGGGUAGAAGGCGGAAAACACUUCCCUGGCCGGCGGGUUCAUUGCGAUGUGGGAAGAGCACCCGGAGUCAGCUGUCCAGUCUUCCUUGGUGAAAAGGUCAAAGGGGCGUGCCUGUCACGCAACCAGCCUUGA